ACUACAUUUUAUACGAUAUAAUAUUAUUUGCGCUACCACUGUAGGCGACUGUACAAUAGAACAAUUAUUAUAUAUGUGUACAGUAUUAUACUGAUAGUAGUGUGUUUUUGAUGCUGAUGUUUUGAAACAUCGUCAAAUGCUCAAAUGAUGAUGCUAGAGGUUUUUCUUCCGGCUGAUCGUUGUUGUAUUUCGUGGUGAAAGUGUCCGAUUGUCCGGAAUCAAAUGUGCCGCUCUAUGUCGCCGCAUCAGUUUUAGUUAAUCGUUGUCCCCACGGGAUCAUUCAGACACCAUCGUCCUAGCAAAUUCCACCGAGGUGACGGCCAAACGAUCUGCGCUAUCAGACUUCGACCGCUGUAGUUGUCCAGAAAUAAUAGUUGAUAUCCGCCAAUCGUUCGAUCGGAAGAGGAAGAACGGAGUCUUGUACAUACGGACGACCGUCGUGCACUGAUGGUGACUGCGUGCCAACUAUGAGUAGUGAUCCGCUGGGAAGGAGACGCACGAGUAUCAUGAACAGCACUGUACCAAAGAAGAGGGGCAACAUGCGUGUCAAGGCGUUUCCGUCACGCACUGACGAGAAGUUUGUCGACACCACAUGGGCAAUGCUGAAAAAUGCCAUACAGGAGAUACACAAGAAAAACAACUCGUGUCUAAGCUUUGAAGAGCUUUACCGCAACGCAUAUACAAUGAUACUGUUGAAGCACGGUGAACGCUUAUACAACGGCAUGAGAGAUACGGUUUCCGCGCACUUGGAGACUAAAGUGCGAGAAGACGUUCUCAUUGCUUUAAACAACAACUUCCUGCAAACCUUGGACGAAUGUUGGAGAGACCAUCAAACGUCAAUGGUCAUGAUUAGAGACAUCUUAAUGUACAUGGACAAGGUGUAUGUGAAGAACAACGAAGUUGAUAGUGUUUACAAUCUUGGACUUGUGCUAUUUCGUGACAUAAUUGUGCGGCACGACCGCAUACGAGAUCACUUACGCGAGACAUUGUUGAGCAUGGUGAUGAAAGAAAGGAACGGUGAAGUGAUAGACCGUAUUGCAUUGAAAAACGCCUGUCAAAUGCUUAUGAUAUUAGGUAUUCAAAAUAGAUUAGUUUAUCAAGAAGAUUUUGAACGCCCAUUCCUUGCUCAGUCUAGCGAAUUUUACAAUGUUGAAAGUCAAAUGCUUUUGGCUGAAAACAGUGCUUCCAUUUAUAUAAAAAAAGCUGAAUCUCGGAUAAAUGAAGAAGCUGAACGAGCUAAAAAUUACUUAGAUGUUUCUACAGAAAGCCGUGUGAUUCAAGUAGUCGAAGAAGAACUAAUUAAAAAACAUAUGAAGACUAUUGUCGAAAUGGAAAACUCUGGAUUUGUUUUUAUGUUAAAAAAUCAGAGAACAAAAGAUCUGGCUUGUAUGUAUAAGCUACUGAGCAAUUUGUCUGACGGUUUAAAAACCAUGUCUGACUGUUUAAGUAAGUACUUGCGAGAAGAAGGUCGAUCAUUAGUCAAAGAAGACGAGACUGAUUUAAAUCCCGUCACAUAUGUACAAAGCUUGUUAGAUCUCAAAGACAAAUUGGAUUAUUUUUUAAAUAAUUCGUUUGCAAGUGAUAAAAUGUUUAAACAAACGAUAUCUUCGGAUUUUGAACAUUUUCUAAAUCUUAACCCAAAGUCCCCCGAAUAUAUGUCAUUAUUUAUUGAUGACAAAUUGAAAAAAGGAGUGCGCGGUAUUGAUGAAAAUGAUCUAGAACCUGUGCUAGACAAAGCCAUGGUGUUGUUCCGAUUUUUACAGGACAAGGAUGUUUUUGAAACAUACUACAAACAACAUUUAGCUAAAAGAUUGUUGUUGAACAAGUCUGUAAGUGAUGAUAAUGAGAAGAAUAUGAUCUCAAAAUUAAAAACUGAAUGUGGAUGUCAAUUUACUUCUAAACUAGAAGGUAUGUUUAAAGACAUGUCUUUGUCAAAUACCAUUAUGGAAUCAUUCAAACUGUACCUGUCCAAUUCACCGUCAUCUAAUUGUAAUAAUAUUGAUUUAUCAGUUCGUGUUCUAACUACUGGAUUUUGGCCUUUACCAUCGACUACUCCAAAGUGCAAUGUACCAAGCAUAGCACGUUUGGCGUAUGAAGAAUUUAGAACUUUUUAUCUGGGUAAACAUAAUGGUAGACAACUUCGACUUCAGCCACAAUUAGGUUCUGCAGAUUUGACUGCUAUUUUUAAUGACAACCGUAGAGAGAAUAGUGCAACGUCUGUAAUAAGUUCAAAUGGAAGUGGUAGUACUGUUGUGUCUACGUCUUCUAACUCUGGUACCAGUGUGAAUAAUGCUAAUUCGGCUGUACGUAAGCAUAUUUUCCAAGUAUCAACUUAUCAAAUGGCAAUAUUGAUGCUGUUUAACAGUUACGAAAAGAUAACAAUGGAAACUAUAAUGAAUGAAACUGACAUCAAUGAAAAAGAUUUGACUAGGGCAUUACAAUCUUUAGCAAUGGGAAAGCCAUCCCAAAGGGUGUUGUUGAAAAGUCCCAAAACAAAAGAGAUUGAACCCCAUCAUGAGUUUUCUGUCAACGAGUCUUAUACUUCUAAAUUGUAUCGUGUUAAAAUCCAGUCAAUUACUACCAAAGGAGAAAACGAACCAGAGCGGAGGAAGACUAAAGACAAAGUUGAAGAAGAUCGGAAACAUGAAAUAGAAGCAGCACUGGUACGCAUUAUGAAAGCUCGUAAAAAGUUAACACACAAUACACUUAUUAUGGAGGUAACUGAACAAUUAAGAUCAAGGUUUAUGCCUUCACCUGUUCUUAUUAAGAAACGUAUCGAAUGCUUAAUCGAAAGAGAGUAUUUAGCACGGACACCAGAAGACCGAAAUACUUACAACUAUGUUGCAUAAAUAUUAUAUUGUACCACCAUCAAUAUAUUGCAUAUAUAUAUACAAAUAAAUAAGGUUUUUGGUAUUUGAGCAGAAUAAUAACUACAUUUUAAAACACUGAAUAACACAUAAUUUUCAAAAUUACUUUUUAUAUUUGGUUUUAAUUUAA